AGUUGGAUCCAUCAGUUUUUAAAGUGGAACUGAAGAAAUUUGAAAAGUUGUCAGCUACUUUUUUUCAUUUUACAAGUUUUAUUUAUUAACUGUAAUACAAAACAAAUGUUCUAGUAAGAUGGAUAAAAAGAUUUUUUCUAAAAUUCUUAUUGUAGGAUGCGGUUUGACAGGUAGUGUUACAGCAAAUUUAAUCCAACAUGAAGCUUCUGCUGAUAUUGAAAUUUGGGAAAAAGAAAAUUACAUUGGAGGCAGAUUUCAUACAUUCCAUAAUCCAAGUGAACCAAAUUGUUCUGCAGAUAUGGGUGCACAGUACGUAAGUGCCACUUUGGAGUUCAUUCGAAGUCAUGCAAGGUUUUAUGAUGAAUUACUUGAUAAAGAUGAACUAGUUCCUUUAGGUCAGAAAAUCGAAAAUUUCCGAAAACUCUCUGAAAGUAAAAUGAAUUUGGUUGCACCAGGUGGUACUUCGUCACUCAUUCGGCACUUUUUAGACAGAGCAGAUGCCACAGUGCAUUUAGGAUAUGAAGUAACAGAAAUGAAUUUAAAACCUGAUACAAGCACAUGGGAAAUUAAAGCUAGUAAUGGAAUUGUAAAAGAAUUUAAUGCUGUUAUACUAACUAUACCUGUUCCAGAAGUUUUGAAAUUAACUGGAAAUUUUCAAAAAUUAAAUCAAGAUGAUGACAUCAGAAUGGCAAUGGAGCAAGUAAAAUAUUCCUCAAGAUAUGCUGUCACCUUGAUGUAUAACCAAUCACAGAAUGUUCUCGAAGAAUUGCCUUGGUCUAUGAAAUAUUUUCCUGAUGAUGACAUCAUUGCUUUUAUAGCUCUAGAUAAUCGUAAAAGAGGUCAACCAAACGAAUUGCCAGCUUUAGUUAUGCACACAACUGUUAAAUUUUUUCAUAAAUACUCUGACUCAAGUGAAGAUGAAAUAAAAGAUCUUGUACUUAAGCAAUUAAAGUGCCUUGUAAACAAUGUACCUGAACCAUCUCAUGUAGAGUGCAUUAAAUGGGAUAAUGCUCAGGUUAUUGAUGCUUAUAUUGAUAAUCCUGGUUGUGUUGUUUUAAAUGCACACCCAUGCCUCAUUUGUGGCGGUGAUAGCUUUACAGAAUCCAACUUCAAUGGUUGUAUUACAUCUGCCUUGAGAAUAGUAGAAGAACUGUUAAAAGGGGUUACAAUAUCGAAAAAAUGUCACAAGUCAAUUAAAAAGUGAUGUAAACUAAUACUUCUAUAUUCAAGUGUAUUUUUUUAUGAAAGUUAAUUUUUUUAUGUAAUGGCUUUUGCUGAGAGAGAAAAUUUGAAAUAUGAUUUAACUAAUUUAGCUUUGGUGUAUGUUUUUAAAAAUAUUGCAAUGUAUUUAUUAAUUUAAACCAUGUUUAUUUAUUAUUAAUAUGUUUUAUAGCGUUUGCGUUUAAAGAAAAUUUAUUUUAUGAAAUUGUUUAGCUUGCUAUAUAGUGAUUUAAAGCUAUGAUAAAUGUAUUAUAUAAUUGUAUCUUGCACUUAAAAAUGUAAUUGUAAAAUAGUUUACCAUCAAAAAAUACACUUUGAAGAAUAGCAUAAGAAAAGUUAAAGAUAGAUGAAAUAUUAUGGUUUAUGGUAAAAAAAUCUUACUCUGCAAAUUAUACCUCAGAAUUUAAAAAGUCAUUUUAUCAUAAUUUUAUUAUAAUCACUAAAAUUGUACUGAACUUGAACUUCUACUCUCUCUUUAAUUGAACAGGGUAAUUAAAUUUUUUUAAAAAGUAGACUACUAGAGUGUUAUUUUUAAAAUUUUUUUUAAUUAAUAUAUGGUAGAAAAGUUAUUUUUUCUAUUGCUUUAAAUAUAUUUCGAUUAAUUAAAACAGCAAAACAAUAUCUCUAUAAAUUAAUUUCUUAUAUUUGCAGCUAUAAUCUAAUGGCAAACCUUAUUCCACCUAUCAGUUUUUUUUUAUGUUAUAUUUAUAUUAAUUUAAUAGUACAUUGAACACCAAAGUAAUUUAAUUGUAAGCCUUUCUUAAAACAAAUCCUAAAAUUCUUCAAAUUAAAAAAGAUGAGGAAAAAACUGUACAAUUUCAUAAUUUUGACAAUUAUCAACACUCAGAUUCUUCAUUACCUAUGAUUAAUAACUUCAGUGUCAUAAUCACUUCCCCAAUUCUCCACAACAGUUCCAAAGUUCUGUAAUAUAUUAGUAAAAAAUUGAUCCAAGACAUGCACAUAAGCACAAAAUUGCUCCAAGUACACUCUCGAUAUCUCAACGUUGAAGGGAUGCUAAAAAAAAUUUCGAGAUUGCGAGUUUUUAAAAUAACAAGUUCAGAACUAAAUAUGUUCUAAAAAGUAGAGAAAUAUAUUCUAAAAUAUUGCUCUAAAAAGUAGAGUCAUGAAACACAAGAAUAAAUACUUACUAUUAAAUAUGUAUGUAAUGAUAGUUGACUAUAAGUCUAAUUACAAUAAUAAUAAUUUUAUUUUUAAAAGUAAGACAAAAAUAAUUAUGCCUUUAAAUGGAAAAGAAUUGGUUUCCACUUAACUUACUUUGUAAUUUUUCUGAAAAAAUUCAACAUAGCAAGGUUUUGAGAAGAAACUCUUCGACUCAGAAAUUCAAAUUAACAUUAGGUUGAUAUAUAAUGCCUAGAGGAAAGUAUUUUUUUGACAUAACAGGAUUUUGAAGUAAUCUGAGUUCAUUAUAUUGAGAGUGUACUUUAUAUUAUUGCAAAAGUGGGAUGUUUUUAAUUUUAUUUAGGUCAGUAUUGUUAAUAAAUUUACAAAUCCCAAAAAAAAUAAAAUUAUAAUUUAAACGACUUUAUGAGUAUAAAACUUAAGUUAUAAAACUGAAAACUAGCUUAUUUUUAACUUAAGAAAAUUACUGAUCUGAAUCACUUAACAUUCACAUCACUGUAAGUUAUUUAUAUUGGGGAAGACAUAAGCAUCCUCCUAUGUUUUUUGCCAUUAAUUACUAAAUAGCCUGUAACAUCAAUGAUAAUGAAUAUUAUGUAUCACAAUAAUUAUAUCGAUAUAAUUCAUUUUUUUUUAUUAUAACUUUAACCUAAGCAGUUGUGAUCUUUCCCAACUUAGAUUUGUUGUAAAACUGUAAUUUUUCAGCAUCUCACAAAGUUUUCACCUUAAAAUAACAUAAUUUUGAAGAUUACCUUCGAAACAUUUUUAAUGGAAAAGCAGAAUUGAAAGAAAAUAGAGAAAACUUCAAAAAAAAAUUUUAUUCUAUGAAGUUUGGUAACUAUAUAACAAGCGACUUUACAUAAAUAUUACUAUAAUAAUUAUUGAAAAUUUAUUUUAAUGCAUUUUGAGAACAUAAUGAAAUAUUUUAACACUAAUAUUUAUAACUAAAUUGUCUUCCAAAAGUUAAAGAAAGUAAAAUGUCAAAUACUGUUGUUCAAUAGUUUAAAUUUAUGAGAACAGUAAUUUCUGUCAUUUUCUCCUUCAACAUUAAUUGUAUUUUUUUUUAAAAUAGCUAAAGAAAUUAUAAUGGCAACAUUUUUAAGGUAAUACUUCUUAUAUACAUGCAAAAUUUAUUGCAAUUUAAAACAAUUUUCAAUUAAUUUUUUCAUUUCAAAAAUAACUACCUAGUUACAAGUUUUCAUUGAUAAAUAAAAAAAACUAAGUUUGUGCAAUUAUAAAAAAUUGCACUUGAAUAUUUGCAGCUUUGAAAAAUACUACUUGCGUUCAAAAAAAAAUAUUUUUAAAAUUCCAAUUCAAAAAGUAAACAAGCUUUAAAGUUCUGCCUAAUAAUUACUCUAUGCAUAAAUUUAGCACAAAAAAAGAGAAAAACUAUUUUUGAAAGAUUUCACUAUAAUCUUUCAAAGUGCCUUAAACUUGCAGCAGAAGAAGAAAAAUACUCCAUAUAGCUAACAAGGUUCCUUAAAUUCUGAAUUGUUAAAUUAACUGAAUUGUUAAUUAAUGAUUUAGAAUUUUAAUAAAAUAAUUCUUAAUUAUUAAAAUAGUAUACUAUGUUAAUGAUUAAAAUAGUUUAUGUGUAAAUUAAUUUAUAGGAAUAGGCAAGUUAUUUCUUCCUUUACACUAAAUUUCAGUUUGCCUUUAAAAAAAAUUUUAUACAAUAAUUAUAACAAGUUGCAUAAAUUAGUAUUUUUAUCUCUUUAUUGCAUUUGCUAUUUUAAUUUGAAUAAGGAUUGUUAGAUUAGUACAUUUUAUUAUUUAUUCCAGAAAAUUUAUUUUGAAGUGUUAUUUCCUCUUUUAUCUUGGAUAUUUGUUUGAAUUGGAUAUUUGUCUGACUGCAAAUUUAAAUUGUUGAAGUUUUCAUUUCUUGUACUUAAUAUUACAUUAAAAAUUAUUUAUACGUUGUAA